GAUCUCAUUGCAGAGAAGAGGAGAAAGGCAUUCCGUGCAGUGCAAAUUGCCAGUGUAGAAGCCUCGGGGCUUAAGAGAACGUGACAUGGAAGAGACAGGAAAUAUGUACUCUUGUACAGGUAUGCGGCACACGUGUGGCCCCCUCCCUCCCAGCCUCCUCACUAAAGAUUAUUAAGCUGCCUAUUCUCCUGGUUCACCUGAGGCUGUUUUGAGAGAAUCUCAGAAUCUCAGUGUUCAUUUCAUACGACGUUCUUCGGGCUCCUCUUGUUCAUCUUUGCAGACUGAAGUAUUUAUGAAGGACCUUCAGAAAUCUGAUUACUCCUGAUGAAUCAAAGAGUAAAGAAGAAUCAAACAUGAUUAACCAGGUCAACGGCAAAGACUUGUCCAGAGCAACUCAUGACCAGGCUGUGGAAGCUUUCAAGACAGCCAAGGAGCCCAUAGUGGUGCAGGUGUUGAGAAGAACACCAAGGACCAAAAUGUUCACGCCUCCAUCAGAGUCGCAGCUGGUGGACACAGGAACCCAAACCGACAUCACCUUUGAACAUAUCAUGGCCCUCACUAAGAUGUCCUCUCCCAGCCCGCCCGUGCUGGAUCCCUAUCUCUUGCCAGAGGAGCAUCCCUCAGCCCAUGAAUACUACGAUCCAAAUGACUACAUUGGAGACAUCCAUCAGGAGAUGGACAGGGAGGAGCUGGAGCUGGAGGAAGUGGACCUCUACAGAAUGAACAGCCAGGACAAGCUGGGCCUCACUGUGUGCUACCGGACGGACGAUGAAGAUGACAUUGGGAUUUAUAUCAGUGAGAUUGACCCUAACAGCAUUGCAGCCAAGGAUGGGCGCAUCCGAGAAGGAGACCGCAUUAUCCAGAUCAAUGGGAUAGAGGUGCAGAACCGAGAAGAGGCUGUGGCUCUUCUAACCAGUGAAGAAAAUAAAAACUUUUCAUUGCUGAUUGCAAGGCCUGAACUCCAGCUGGAUGAGGGCUGGAUGGACGAUGACAGGAACGACUUUCUGGAUGACCUGCACAUGGACAUGCUGGAGGAGCAGCACCACCAGGCCAUGCAAUUCACAGCUAGCGUGCUUCAGCAGAAGAAGCACGAGGAAGACGGUGGGACCACAGAUACAGCCACCAUCUUGUCCAACCAGCACGAGAAGGACAGCGGUGUGGGGCGGACCGACGAGAGCACCCGCAAUGACGAGAGCUCGGAGCAAGAGAACAACGGCGACGAUGCCACUGCAUCCUCCAACCCGCUGGCGGGGCAGAGGAAGCUCACCUGCAGCCAGGACACCUUGGGCAGCGGCGACCUACCCUUCAGCAACGAGUCCUUCAUCUCCGCCGACUGCACGGACGCCGACUACCUGGGGAUCCCAGUGGACGAGUGCGAGCGCUUCCGCGAGCUCCUGGAGCUCAAGUGCCAGGUGAAGAGCGCCACUCCUUAUGGCUUGUACUACCCUAGCGGCCCCCUGGACGCCGGCAAGAGCGACCCCGAGAGCGUGGACAAGGAGCUGGAGCUGCUGAACGAGGAGCUGCGCAGCAUCGAGCUGGAGUGCCUAAGCAUCGUGCGCGCCCACAAGAUGCAGCAGCUCAAGGAACAGUACCGCGAGUCCUGGAUGCUACAUAACAGCGGCUUCCGCAACUACAACACCAGCAUUGACGUGCGUAGGCACGAGCUCUCGGACAUCACCGAGCUCCCGGAGAAAUCCGACAAGGACAGCUCGAGCGCCUACAACACGGGCGAGAGCUGCCGCAGUACCCCGCUCACCCUGGAGAUCUCCCCCGACAACUCCUUGAGGAGAGCAGCGGAGGGCAUCAGCUGCCCGAGCAGCGAAGGGGCUGUGGCGACCACGGAAGCCUAUGGGCCAGCCCCAAAGAAUCUGCUCUCCAUCACGGAAGAUCCUGAAGUGGGCACCCCUACCUAUAGCCCAUCGCUGAAGGAGCUGGACCCUAGCCAGCCCCUGGAAAGCAAAGAGCGGAGAGCCAGCGACGGGAGCCGGAGCCCCACGCCCAGCCAGAAGCUGGGCAGCGCCUACCUGCCCACCUACCACCACUCCCCAUACAAGCACGCGCACAUCCCGGCACACGCCCAGCACUACCAGAGCUACAUGCAGCUGAUCCAGCAGAAGUCGGCCGUGGAGUACGCGCAGAGCCAGAUGAGCCUGGUGAGCAUGUGCAAGGACCUGAGCUCCCCCACCCCGUCGGAGCCGCGCAUGGAGUGGAAGGUGAAGAUUCGCAGCGACGGGACGCGCUACAUCACCAAGAGGCCCGUGCGGGACCGCCUGCUGCGGGAGCGCGCCCUGAAGAUCCGGGAAGAGCGCAGCGGCAUGACCACCGACGACGACGCGGUGAGCGAGAUGAAGAUGGGGCGCUACUGGAGCAAGGAGGAGAGGAAGCAGCACUUGGUGAAGGCCAAGGAGCAGCGGCGGCGGCGCGAGUUCAUGAUGCAGAGCAGGUUGGAUUGUCUCAAGGAGCAGCAAGCAGCCGACGACAGGAAGGAGAUGAACAUCCUCGAACUAAGCCACAAAAAGAUGAUGAAGAAGAGGAAUAAAAAAAUCUUCGAUAACUGGAUGACGAUCCAGGAACUCUUAACCCACGGCACAAAAUCCCCGGACGGCACUAGAGUAUACAAUUCCUUCCUAUCGGUGACUACUGUAUAAUUUUCACUUCUGCAUUAUGUACAUAAAAGAGACCACUACCACUGGGGUAGAAAUUCCUGCCUCGUUCAAUGCGGCAAGUUUUUGUAUAUAAGAUAAAUACGGUCUUCAUGUUUAUAGUCCAAAUUUGCAGACCCUACAACUCUGGGUGUCAUAGGUCUAUUUUAAGGGGAGAGAGAGAAAAACACCCUUACUAUCUUGGAAGGCAAUAUUAACAAACAGAGCUUUUUUCAAAUAGCAAUUGUACUUUUCUACCUGUACCCUUUUACAUAAAGUGUUUAAAUUUCAGAAAGAUCUUUUAUUAAGCAUACUUUCACAGAAUAAUUUGUUUAAACUAUAUUCAUAUUAAAAAGUUAAACACGCUUUUUUUCCUGCCUAAAAACACAAAUACAACUGCCAGUAUGUAUUUUUAAUGGAACCCUAUUUUAUAAUGUUACGUUACUGAAUGUGUUUCAUAUGCGUGACCGUUAAGAUAUUAUUUAGGUGAAGGUUUCAACUCAAAACCACCCAACCCGGUGGUUAACGAUUUAAUACACAUAACCAAACCGGCAGCAUUUAGAGUUGGGAUAUACAUUUAAACAUUUUCCUGGUUAAGGUUCCCAAGAGAGUGUAAAGGUUUUAGCAGAAAGCAAAAUAUCAUGCAGCUUUAUGGAAGUUUAAAGCAUGUUUGCAAAUAUUGCAGCCCAUUGAAAGAAUUUGCAUGUACAGGAAAGUUGUGGAUGGAGAUGGUUUGUGGAAUUUUAAGUGCUCAUUGUAGUAAACUUUUGCUUUGUAGAUUUGAAGGUACAGACUUAUACAAGCAAGUUCACAAAAUCAUGAUUAGUUACAAAUAUUAAGUAAAAUGAAGUUAAAAUAAAUUAUUAUUUUCUAUUUGAUAUGUUUUGAUGUGAUUCCUCAUUUUGCAGUGGUGCCUAUAAAAUAAAAGCCUUUUGCAGUGUU